CGAGAGUCUCCGACGCCAGGAAGAUGGCGGCGCCCAUAUCCAUGUGAUAGAGUCGGCUCCGGACUAGGACCGGUUGCCCCGAAGGAAGAAGCCAUGAAACGCAAAGCCGGCCCGGGCCGCCACGGCGGCGCGAUGAAGCGGCUGCGGCUGGCGGUGCAAGAGUUCGUGCACGCGGCCGCGGGGGACAAGACUCCCGGCGGCGAGGAAGGCUCAGGCCACGCUGGGCAACCGCGAGCGGCCCCGCGUCCCGGCGGAAAGAAGCGCCGCAAGGAGCAGAAGAAGGAGAAGCGGCAGCUGAGGAAAGCCCGCCGGCUUCAGCUGACCGGGGGGGCGGCCGAGACCCCGGGAGACGCUCGAGAGCGGCUGGGGAAGAGUAAGAAACCGGCGGGCACAGGUUCUUUCUCAGCCCCCGGAAAGCCACAGAAGCCGGGGGGCACAGGUUCUCUCUCAGCCCCCGGAAAGCCACAGAAGCCGGCGGGCGCAGCUUCUCUCUCAGCCCCCGAAAAGCCACAGAAGCCGUCGCCGAAGCAACAGAGGCCGCCGCAGCCACCGGCCAAGGAUAGGCCUUUCCGAGAGCCCAUGCAGGUCCGGACAUCCGGUGCCGCCGCUACCGCGGCUCGGAAACGGGCACUUCUGGCAGCCAACGAAGAGGAAGACCGUGAGAUCCGCAAGCUGGAGCGCCGCCUGGGACUGAGCAAACGCCGCCAGAGGAAGAAGGGCAAGGGCGAUGAUGACGGCUCCGCCACGGCGGCGUUGCCGUCUAGCUUCGUCCGUGACGGCCUGGACUACAUUCUCGGGGCGCUGGGGGCCGGCGGCGCCUCCGCCUUGUACGAGGAUGGGGAUGGGGAGGGGACCGUGGCUCCGCUGCCCUCCAGGGGAAGCUCGGAUGAAGGCUCGGGGACGGACAGUGAUGAUGGGUUCGAGGAGGAGGAGGAGGAUGGGGACGGGGACGAGGCUGUUCUGGAGGAGAGUCUCCUAGAAGAGGAGGAAGAGGAAGAGGAGGAGAAAAAGGAGAAAGAUGAUGCAGACCCUCAUGUAGAAACCGAAAAGAAAAACGCGAAAAAGCGAGUGCGUUUUGCGGACCAAGAGAGUAUGGACUCCUCCCCCGAAGAUGACAGCUCCCCCAAUGAGGUUCUUUGUAAAAGUACAAAGUAUGUUCCGCCUCAUGUGAGAAGAUUUGAGGAAACAGUGGAUGCCAAAAAGAAAGAAGAAAUAGAAAGGUUAAAGAAAAAUGUGAAAGGUCUAAUUAACAGGUUGAGUGAACCUAAUAUGGCUUCUAUAAGUGGACAGCUUGAAGAGCUAUACAUGGCGAACAGUAGAAAGGAUAUGAAUGAUACUUUGACAGAUGUUCUUAUGAAUGCUUGUGUAACUGAAGCUGUGAUGCCUGCCAGACUGAUGAUGGAGCAUGUUCUUUUGGUUAGCAUUCUUCACCAUACUGUAGGAAUUGAGGUUGGUGCUCAUUUUUUGGAAGCUGUAGUGAAGAAAUUUGAUGAAAUACAUAAGACUGGUAGUGAGGGAAAAGAAUGUGACAACCUCUUUGCCAUAAUUGCCCAUCUGUAUAACUUCCAUGUGGUACAAUCUCUACUCAUCUUUGACAUUCUAAAAAGGCUUGUUGGAACUUUCACAGAAAAGGACAUUGAAUUGAUUCUCCUAAUGCUGAAAAAUGUUGGUUUUUCCUUGAGAAAAGAUGAUGCAUUGUCCCUGAAGGAGCUGAUCAGUGAAGCCCAGACCAAAGCCAAUGGAGUAGGCAAGAAGUUUCAAGAUCAGACAAGGAUUCGAUUCAUGCUUGAGACUAUGUUGGCACUAAAGAAUAAUGACAUGCGCAAAAUUCCAGGCUAUGACCCUGAACCUGUAGAAAAACUAAGAAAACUCCAGAGAACAUUGAUUCGAAAUAGUAGUUCUGGUAAGGAAACUCAACUUCGAGUCUCUUGGGAAAGUCUUUUAAAUGCAGAGCAGAUUGGCAGAUGGUGGAUUGUAGGGUCAUCAUGGAGUGGCGCCCCAAUGAUCAACAGCAGCAAUAAUAGCCAGUCAAGACAACUUAAAGGAACGGUUAGUUCAAAGAUACUUGAGCUUGCCAGAAAGCAGAGAAUGAACACUGAUAUCAGAAGAAAUAUUUUUUGUACGUUAAUGAUUAGUGAAGAUUUUUUGGAUGCAUUUGAAAAGCUUCUAAAGCUUGGACUCAAGGAUCAGCAAGAAAGAGAAAUAGUUCAUGUCCUCAUAGAUUGUUGCCUACAAGAGAAAGUAUAUAAUCCUUUUUAUGCAUAUUUGGCUAGCAAAUUUUGUGAAUAUGAAAGGAGAUUUCAGAUAACAUUCCAGUUCAGCAUAUGGGACAAAUUUCGGGAUUUAGAAAAUCUGUCAGCUACUACAUCUUCUAAUUUUGUGCAGUUGGUGGCUCACUUGCUGAAGAAAAAAUCACUUCCACUUUCUAUCUUUAAGUUACCCUAACUUUCUGAGACUCGGCAAAAGAAGUAGAAAAUCUGGCCUAUUGAGACAGACAUGGAGAACUGGACCUGCGACAUCACUGAUCUAGGGGACUCCCAGGGAGGAAGCUCCUUCUUUCAGUGAAGGUUGGUCCCUUCUCUGAAGCUUCUUGAAGCUACUGCCUCAAGGAGUAUGAGGUUGGGGGACAGGAAGUACCAGAGUAGGAUUUGGAUUCCAGCUUUAUCUUCACUUUGGUCAAGCUUUUUCCUGGGGAGAGGAAGGCAGUCUUGGGAGGACUACAAGUCAGUUUUGUAUUUCUGAGAAUGGGAUAUCAUUUCAUCCCUUGAAACCAAUUGAACUUUUCCAGCAGAAACUCUUGAGCUUCUGGGUAUCUUCCUUGGCAUCUCUGUUAAUAACAAAUUACUCAAGUGGCUUCUUUUUGUCCACCAAGUAAAAAAGUUAAAUUUAAUCCACAACCAGCUUAGAAUGUUGUUACUUUUCAGGCUAGGAAGGAUUGUAAAGAUGUAAAAACUUAAUUUUUUUAGUUAAGCAUUUAUAGUAAGGGAUCUGAAAAAGAUAGAAAUCAUGAAAAACUGACUCCAGAAGCAGAGCUGAGAGAGAGAGCAUGCCAAAUUCCUCUCUGCUCUUCAUUGCGCAAUUAGAAAUGUGGCAGUGAUAACAAUUAACAUUGUUAUCUAAUUCAUAAUUUCAUAAAGCAAAGUGAUAACAUAGCCUUGUAAAAAUUUUAAA